UAAUUGUCAUGACCAAGUUGCCUCAUACACAAGCAGAGCCUCCUUCCAGAAUCUACAGAACUUUCCUUCUCUGGUCUGUAUCUUUGUUCAUCAAUCAAGAAACUUUGAGGAUAGAGUUCACUAACUCUUUCCAAAUUCAGUCCUUGUCUCUUUUUUUCUUUUUCCUCUUUGAUCAUCUCUUCCUGUUCUUCUUUUUCUUGCACAAAAUAUUAGUUCAAAUAAGUUUAGAUUACAUUGGCAAGGGGAUAGAGAUGAUGGAUUAUUAUGAGCUUGCUGCUAGGUCUUCUUACCAGGAGUCCCUCAAGGUUCUUGAGGCUGAUAUCCACCACGCUAAUGUGUUGGCAGCUUCUAUAGCAAGAGGCAAGAGUGGUUCUUGUCUGCAAAUGAAACUGGUUUACAAUCACUUGGCAUCCAUUUGUCUGCUAUUAAUCCAAUGGAUGGAUUGUUCGUGUACAUGUUAUUUAAAUCUUUUCCACAUAGUUUUAUAUCAGGUAUGCUCAGAUGGGAAGCCAAAGAUCUCUUCAUGCAGAAGAAAAGCAACCAUUAGGGAAUUCUAUGCUGUUAUAUUACCAUCACUUCAACGUCUUCACUGUGAUUCAAUGGAGUUGGACAUAACUCGGGAAGAAGGUUGUGUGGAGGUGGUUGUCAAUAAGAGACUAGAGGAUAGGAGGAAAGUUUUGGAUAUGGACUUAGAGAGGGAAGAUGAAUGUGGGAUCUGCUUGGAGCCUUGCACAAAAAUGGUUGUGCCAAGCUGUUGCCACACUAUGUGCGUCAACUGCUACCAUGACUGGAACACAAGAUCAGAAUCUUGCCCAUUUUGCCGGGGAAGUCUGAAAAGAGUGAACUCAGGUGACUUGUGGGUUCUCACAUGCAGUAAGGAUGUGGUUGACACUGAAACUGUGUUAAGAGAGGAUUUGUUGCGAUUCUAUCUUUAUAUAAACAGCUUGCCAAAGGAUAUCCCUGAUGCUUUGUUCUUGGUGUACUACGAGUACCUAAUCUAAACCUCACAUACUAGAAGAUUGAUGUACAGAGGAAAAAUGCUGACCGUGCAUUUACAAAGUCUGGUGAGCUUUCCACGUCAUUGUUAAGAAUACGCUCUAUCAGUGUAAUAGACCUAUUUUCAAUAUUAUAUCUAGAACAUUUUUACAAUAAGUAAUUUUCUUGGAAUGAAUGCAUCUUGCAUUCUUGUGAGAAGCUAAUUAGUCUUGAACUGUAGCAUCGCAAGUUGAAUACUGGCAAGUUGUUGAAUGGGUUUUGAGCA